AUGGAUGGGCAUAAAAAUCGGAUACAUGCGAUACGUUCACAUCCGCAAAUGGAAACUAUUUUCUUAACAGGAGGAUGGGAUGAAACUAUUCAAUAUUGGGAUGAACGAACAACACAUUCACAGAAACAUUUUUCUGGACCAUACGUAUGCGGUGAUGCUCUAGAUAUUACUGCUGAUGGUCAGGCCAUUUUAACUGGCUCAUGGCGAAAAUCAUCAACAUUACAGAUUUGGAAUUUUCACAGUGGUGGGUUGAUUAAAGAUGUAUUUGAAAAAAAUGCAACAUCUAUGCUGUAUUGUGCAAAAUUUUUCCCUAAAGAAUACAUUUUAUGCGCGGGAAAUGAAAAGAAUGAAGCAAUCGUCUACAGUUAUUCAAUGUUACAGAUGAUUGGCGGAAUUACGGAUUUGGAACAUGCCGUUUAUUGUGCAGAUAAUGAUCCAGUUUCAAUCAAACCCAACAUAAUUGUAGGAUUGGGACACAAUAUUCUUAUUGUUAAUGAUCGUUCACGUAUAAGAUAG